UUGGUUGUUGCCUCGCAUGCUAGCGGCUUUCGGAGAAGCAGUUCACAGGGCGAAGAAUGGGGAAAGAUGACUUUAGGUGUAUUGAGUGUAACGAAAUAGCAGCUGAGUUACACAGGGAUUACAGUAACGGGAUCCUGAAGAUAACUAUAUGUGAGUCGUGCCAGAAACCAGUGGACAAGUACAUUGAAUAUGACCCAGUUAUCAUCCUGAUUGAUGCCAUUUUGUGCAAGACGCAGGCUUUCAGACACAUUUUGUUCAACACAAGCUUGAAUAUCCACUGGAAGCUGUGUGUGUUCUGCCUGCUGUGUGAGGCUUACCUCAGGUGGUCUCUGCUUCAUGGCUCUGAGCAGAGCAGUGACCCUGCUGACAUCAUCAGGUACACCAAGGAAUGGGAAUUCUACGGCAUGUUUGGAUUAGCCUCCCUUGAGCUGUCAGCGUUCUUCGGCGGUGUGCUGUGCUUUCUUUGGGUGGUGGUGGGUCGUCUGCAGGGUGGGACCCUCGAUCUCAGCCUGCUCAUCAGAGCCCUGCUGCUCUCCUGCUACGGCAAGGUCCUCCUCAUCCCUGCUGUCAUCUGGGAACAUGACUACUCCCCGGUGUGUCUGGGCCUCAUCAAACUGUUUGUGCUCACCUCCAACUCGCAGGCUAUCAGAGUGAUCCUGAACAGCAGUAGACGUCUGUCAUUGAUGGCCGUGUGUUUGGGCCUGCUGUCAGAGACCUGCGUGGCUCAGGCCUGUAAAAAGCUUCCAUGGAGCCUCCAGGACAUGUUGACAUUUGAAUGAAUGAGGAAAAUUAAAGUUAUCUCAGGGACGAAAAGUGAUCAUGGAUGCCAACCCGUGCCACAGAGAGAUUUUUUUUUAUGAACCUUGUGCCACCUGAACUGAAAUUCCUUUUAUUUAUUGUUUUGUUUUUUGUUUGCUGCUCAUGCCAACCAGGCAGAGAGCAGAAGAAGAGAGUAGAUACAUUUUUUCCAUGUACUCUUUAUAGAGAAAAAGAUCCAUCUUUAUUGUGAAGGGAUAUCGAAGAUGCAGCAGUGGCCCUCCUCUUGUUUUUACUUUGGUUUUAAAGUUGAGCUCCCAAGUCAAGAUUCCAGUUGAAUUUGAUUUGAUGACUUUAUAAAGACAGUCCCACAGGGGAGCCACAGCAUGGGAACGUCCCCUGAUCUAAAUGACUAAACUUGCUCUAACUCCCAAGGCCACUCUCUAAGAAUGACACAAACACAGACCCUGAGGUUGCAAUUUGACAAUAACUACUUCUCUGUUUGGACAGGCUCACAUUCUUUGACUCAUUGGUGAAAUGUUUACCUUAAAUCCACACACACACACACAGAAACAGGGUAACUUAUAUCACACAUCACAAUAAAUAAAGCAGACAUAAUUUACUUUCCUAGUAUUUAUGCAAUGUUAAAGUUAGUGAUAAAAAAGAUAGAAGAGCUGCUAAUGUCUGGUUUUACAUUGUUAAAUUAAUUGUUUAGUCUAUAAAAUACCUUUUAGUUUCCCAGAGCCAAAGGUGAUGUCUUCAAAUUGCAAGGUUUGUCCAAGCAGCAGUCUAAAUCCCAAAAUAUGUAAUUAACGAUAUGAAACCGAUAAAAACAGCAAAUCCCCACAUUUAAGAAGUUGUUUAAUAACUGACAAACGAUUAUUUGCUAACCAAAUCAUUUGCUGAUUAAUUUUCUGUCAGUCAACUGAUAAAGCAGGGUCAGUCAUUUUGUUGCAGAUUUUAUUGAAUGUUAAGUAAAAUCCACCAAACUACAGCAAGUAUCUUUACAGUCACAAUAACCAUAAUGAAACAUGUUAACUAGCUGCAGGCUAAGUGUCUGUGGAAUGAGGGGAAUUUAUUCUUUACACUUAUCUGCAGUGAAAAGGGACAGACACUAUCAGGGAGCCGUUGUUAUGAACUGCUGCAGAGCCCGACACAUGACGAGAGGCGAGGCAGAACUCUUUCUGAACAAAACCUGUUUCAGCUGUGCUGGAGGACUCCCCUGACCAUAUCCAAUGAUAUUCUGUGAAACAAGAUCACAGAUAAUGUGAUUCACAUUCAGCACUUUGGGGGUUUUCAGAAAAUCAUCAAUUUACCUUGAAAUGAAGAGUCACACCUUGGUAUAUUUACCAUAAACAAAUGACCCGUGUCUCAUCCAUGCCCCUUCUUUGGUGUUUUCUUUGUCUUUAUUGAAGAGAUCUGCAUUUCCCUCAUUCCACCAUCAGACGUUACCAUAAGGUCUGAAUCUUGUGUAAGAAUAGCGCCUUCUUUAUGUUGUUUUGUAAAGCGGCACUUUCAAAAUGUCCUCUGUGCUAAAUUAACAAAAAUACACUGUAAAAUCCAGUGUUUUAGAUGAUUGUGUUAAGAGCAGUUAUGUAUGCAGAUUUCUCAAAAAAUAGUGAUAUGUUAAAACUAUACAUUGUGCUCAUAUUUAAAUGAACUGAAGCUGCCAUUUUAUUCAUAGAUGAAGGGUUUUCUCAAAGCAAAUCUGAACGAUAUGUCUGUACUUUCUACUUUUGUUGCAAAUGCUGAUCUAUCAGGGACUUAUUCCUCUGUGAUAGAUAAUGUGAAAUGAACUUGUAGAGCGAGUUUGCAAUGAGCUGCAGAGAAACACACUGCAGAUAAAUGCUGCAGCAUGUGCACUCUGAACUUUGUUAUAUAAAUGUGUGACGAGAAAAUAAAAUCUAUGCGUUUUAAUACAA